UUUUCACUCGAAUUUUCGAGUCAGCAUCCCGUGGUAUCUUUCACUUUUCCUGUCCUUCAUCUUCACCUCUAUCACUAUCCAUUUUUCAGCAUUGCUUUCUAGUCGACUAUCUCACUGGUGCGUCCUGGUGUAAUGCCUGGGCAUACAGAUUCCGACAGACACUCGAAAUCUUACCAUAAACGCAGUGAGAGUGGGAGCGGAAGAGAACAUACAAGCACAUUUAUAAAGCCAGAGCCACCCUCUGAAGAUGAAAGACGAUCAAGUGGACGAUCACAUGAUCACCGACAUCACAGUAGCCGAGGAAUGUCAAAACGAGGUAGCUCUCGGUCCCCACGUGGUGGACGACUGAACGCGCCUGUCAUUAUAAAAGAGGAAGAGGGACGAAAACGGCGACGCUUGCAUUCUCCUGUUGUUCUGCCAGAUGAUGAUCAAAGGCGUCGUGACGAUAGAAGGGCAGAACCGGAUUUUUCCCGAAGUGGUUUACUCGAUCAAACAAGUAGAGCGCCCGUUCAGAGGCAGACGGCCAAUUUCGGUUUAUCAGGCAAGCUUACGGAGGAUACGAAUACGUAUAAAGGAGUUGUUAUCAAAUAUAAUGAACCCCCGGAUGCUCGUAAGCCUACUGAACACUGGCGCUUGUAUCAGUUCAAGGGAAAUGAGUGCCUUCCAAUCUUGCAUAUUCAUCGGCAAAGUGGUUUCCUGAUUGGUCGUGACCGGAAAAUAGCAGAUAUCCCAAUGGACCAUCCGAGCAUUUCCAAGCAACACGCCGUCUUGCAAUAUCGAUUUGUUCGCGGCCUUGUACGUCUCUAUGUGAUUGACCUGGAGUCGGCAAAUGGGACCUAUUUGAAUAACAAACGUAUUGAGCCUCGACGCUACUAUGAACUACUUCAGAAAGAUGUAAUCAAAUUUGGCUAUUCUUCACGCGAGUAUGUGGUGAUGACGGCUAAUUUGGAUGAAGAUGAGAUGGGAACACCCGAGGAAGCUGCUUAGACCUAUUUUGAUCUUCCCAGUGUUGUUCGCUGUACAAAUUUGUAAAUAUAUCC